AUGAAUAAAAAUAAAAGAACAUAUGUACCUUAUUCGGCUAGCCGAAGGCUAAGCCGAUCUUACAUGACCCCAACUUACCAAAAUGUAACAAUCACCUGGUAUCGUUCAUCAAUAAUGUUGAUGGUCUAUCCGUCUCAUACAUUGUCCACAUUUUUGACACCAUUAAAUCUAGAACGAUGGUCUAGUGCUACAUAUAGUUGAUGA